AUGUUUAGUCGAACAACAGCCCCUCGUCGUCUCAAGCCUCAGAAACCAAGCCUUCAGUCAUCAAGCUCAACUUGGAAGGUAGAUCUAACAAUGAUGUUUGCUGGUUCAAUUCCAAAUCCUGAGAUGAUGCAAGAUUUGAACCCAGCUGAUUAUCCAAAACAAGCCAGCCUUGCGGCUGGUGUGGUCGUGGUUUAUUGGUUGGUGGCGGCGUGUAUGGAUUUUGGAGCUAGGGAGAUCCAACGGGUCAAUGGUCGGGAUUUGUAG